AUGUAUGCAUUGAAUGGCGUAUGUAUCGAACUCGGUUCUGCGGUGACCGUUUUGGUGGCUAGCAAAAUUGGCAUUCCGGUCUCCACCACACACUGCAAAGUCGGCUCAAUAGUGGUUGUUGGUCGUGCACGCGCAAAGGAGGAUGUCAACUGGAAGCUGUUCCUCAAUAUCAUCAUCGCCUGGGUUGUAACGCUGCCCUUCUCCGCGGCCAUUUCUGCUCUCAUCAUGUAUAUAUUUACCAAAACCUUAGAUGGACCAGUCCAACAGCCCUGA